AUGUCCCAAAGCCUCUCCCCAGAAUGCACGCCUCUGAAACAAAAAUACGACUCAUGCUUUAACUCAUGGUUUGAAGGAUACUUGGAACCCGCUGUUGCUGCCGGCCAAUCACCAGAGACGCGUGCUGCAUACUCCAAGAAAAAGGCCGACGAAUUCAAUCAAAAGUGCGGAAAGGUUUGGGAGGAAUAUAAAUCUUGCAUACAGGUUGCAGUCAAGAACCGUGGAUUGGACGCACUAUUGCAGCAGGCAAGAGAGGAAAACCCUCUUGUUGACCCCAUCCCACCCCCACCAUCUCAGCCCACGAAGUCAUCGUAA